CACCACACUCUCGGCCCACAGCUAGCCAUGCUCGGGCUGCAUCCCGCGCUCAUCGCGCUCGUGGCCGGCCUGCUCGUCUACUGGCUGCUGGUCGCACGCAGCAAGCUGCGCACCUCUGCGCGCCAGCGCGCCUUUGCCCUCGAGGCUCGCCGCGCCCUCGGCAUUCCCGACGCCGACCGUCGCCCGCUGGACAUUGCCCGCGAGGCAGCCGAGGCUCGCCGCCGCACCGCAUCGCUGGCCGUGGCGCCUGCGCCUGCAGCGCCGCGGCCCGACGCCGCAAGGGCGGCCGACGCCGUGCGCUUCCGGCCCGUCGCCUCGCCGGCGCCCCUCGAGCCCGCCAGCAUCGCCGACGAGGAGCGCAACCCGUACUUGCCGCAGCCGCCGCAGAUGCGCGAGCUGGGCAAGCGCGGCAGCUACGUGCCCGCUGCCUCGCCUGCGCCAGGCACGCUCGCGGCGCUGCGCCGCCGCCCCCCGGCCAGCGGCAGCUUCUCGCAGCCCUCGCCGGCUCUGACGCGCAAGCGGGCGCAGUCCGAUGCCUCGCAGUCGUCGCAGGAUGACGCAGCGCGCAAGUUCCGGCGCACAGCGGAAGAGGACGCCGAGACAAGCAGCGAUGCCGACGAGGAGAUGCACGAGGCGCCAGGCAGUGCCGUCUCGCGCGUCCUGGCAAAGGUGCCGCGCCUGCAGGAGCAGUCGAACAGAAAGCGUCAGGCGUCCGAGGAGUCGGAGCCACAGGACGAGCGCGAGGGCAAGAAGAUCAGGACCGGACGCGAUGAGGAAGAUCAGGCGGCGGAGGACGAGGAGAUGGCAGUGCUCAGCGGAAGCGGAAGCAAGGCGGACGAGACAAAGGAGGACGACGCCAUGGAGGGCGCAGAUGAGGGAGCCGACGCCUCGAUGGACUGGACGCCCAUGUCUCCGCCGCUGCGACGCGGCUCCGCAGCACACGCGGCUCGCAACAAGCGCUCGGCCUGCUCGCCCGAGCCGAGCAAGGCGGCAGCGGCAGUCGUGCGCAAGGUGGCGCGCAAGAACGCCGGUGCUCGCAUGUCGUCUGAGGCGGCCCAGGCGCGGCACAUGCCCUCGCCGCGAGGCAAGGGCAAGCGCGAGCCGGACACGGACGAGGACAGGCACAUUGGAGAGACGUGGACGGAUCUGAACGGCCUCAACUGGCGGGUCGAGGAGGACGGACAGCGGACACGAGAGGCCGUCGUGGUGGAGAUGCGCAGCAAGUACAACAUGCCCAAGACCUCGGUGCACCCCGACGCCAAGCUCAUGGUGCCCGUGCACGUCACACGCUUCGUCACCGAGGCAGAGUACGCCGAGCUGGCGGCGCAGAAGCGACUUGGCUGGCAGGAGGCCGAGCGCGAGGAGGAGCGCGAGCGCCUGCGGCUUGCCGAGAUUGAGCGCGCCGAGGCCGAGCGACGAGUGAUGGACGAGCGAAGCGUGCGCACGCCCAAGAAGCUGCGGGCUCCCACCAUCUUCACUCAGUCAGCCUCCGGAGCGCCGCUGCGCGACUACCUGAGCGCAUCCCGCCGCGUCUCUGGUUCUCCGUCCGCAGCCUCCAGCAUGGCCGCCUCGACCUCACUGCACGAGCUUCGCGCCUCUUCCUCUUCCUCAUCUCUGCGCGACUCCAUCGGCGCCAAGCCACGUGCGCGCAUCUCGCUGGGCGGCUUCACGCCCGAGCGCAGCUCUACGCCGGGCCGCAACCGCAUCUCACGCCCGCAAGCCAGCACCAUCGACGCCGAACAGCGCCGCGAGCGCGCCGAAGAACUGCUGCGUGCGCUCAAGGAGGACGGCUUGCGCAAGAAGGAAGAGACGCCGCGGCCGUUCUUCGGCGCCGAGGCCAGCGGCGCGGGUGCCUCAGGCAGCGCUACGCCAUCAAGCCAAGCAGCGCACAUCUCAUCGACAGCUGCUCCGGCUGCCGCCACUACGUCUCAGCCUGCUUCUUCGGGCUUUAGCUUUGGCGCGGCGCCGAACCCUGCUUCAGCUUCCUCUGCCGCGCCAGCCGCCGAGAGCAAGCCGGCAUUCUCCUUUGGAGCUGCGCCAGCAGCAUCAGCAUCGACAGCCGCGCCAGCGAAGCCCGCAGCCGCCUCUUCGCCCUUCACGUUCGGCGCCGCUCCAGCAACCAGUGCUCCUCCCGCCGGCGGCGGCUUCACCUUCUCGGCGCCAGCGCCUGGCGCUGCACAGCCGGCCAAGAGCGUGCCGACGUUCACCUUUGGCAAGUGAGGCCGGCGUCCUUGCGUACCCGCCUCUGUAAUGCAUCUAGCCUGCAUAUGUGCGCUG